AUGGGAGCCAUAGAUUUAUUUUUCAUCACUAUAAAUCACAAUGUGUCUUUCAUUGGUAAAAUCUGGUGCAUUGUGAUGCUGCUUUUGCGUCUGCUUGUCCUCCUGCUGGCUGGCUUCACGCUCUUCAGUGACGAGCAAGAGAGAUUCAUCUGCAACACCAUCCAGCCCGGUUGUUCCAACGUCUGUUUUGACACAUUUGCUCCCGUGUCUGUUGUCCGUCUCUGGUUCCUCCACCUUAUUCUUCUCUGUCUGGCCCAUCUGAUGUUUGCAACCUACGUCAUGCAUAAAGUUUUGUCAUUUUGCUCCUCUGAAGGCUUCUGUUGCGAGGUGAACCGAAGAAGCUCGUCUUUCACCAUCGAGAACUCCUCAAGAGAAGUGUCAUUGCACAAAGCUCCGCUUCAUGACCUACCACAUGAGUCAGGGGUGCCACGAUUUUACAUCUCUUACCUCCUAGUUGUGAUUCUACGGAUACUUCUAGAAGCAAUUUUUAGCACAGGACAGUUUUACCUUGUUAGUUUGACCAUUCCCAGGAGUUUCCUGUGUUACGAGGCUCCCUGCACAUCAGGGGUUGAAUGCUACACCUCCAGACCGUCUGAGAAAACCUUAAUGCUAAACUUCAUGCUUGUCACUGCAUCCUUGUCCAUUCUGCUGAGUUUGGCUGACUUAGUGCGCUCAGUGAAGGUGAUGGUGAAGUCGAGAAGGAAGAGCGAGAUGCUGAUGGAGGAACUGAGUAAAGGAGAGCAAAGCAGUAUGUUUACAACCACAACUGUGACGGAGGAAAAUGAUGUUGUUUUAACCAAGAGAGUUAGCCCAAGUGGAAGCUCAAAGAUGAAUGAUGUCAGAGAUGAAAUAUCUGCUGCAGGUCCUGAAUCAAACAGUGAGCUUCCAAGUACAAAGAUGAAUGGUGGGCCAGUGCCUAAAACUUGGAAAUCUGAGAGGAACAAAGAUAGAAAAAUUGAGGGGUCUGGGUUAUUUAUUCCCUUGAGCACUCAAGUGCCCAGCCAAUUAAAACCUCCUGUUUCCCCAAAGACAACAACACCCAUAGGUGUCAAAAAGCUGUGCCCGGACUCUCCAUUCAGUUUCCAUUUGAACUCAGGACAACCGUCUGACUGCAGUGUGCUUCAGGACAAGAGAGCCUGGGUGUAA